CCUGCUCACAAAUCUAGCCGUAAAAAAUGCCAUUUCGCCCUGAAAACGACCAACCGACUGGGGUCGAAAUCACCCCCCCCCCCAGACGAGCAAUACGGUCCAAGGACGCGGAUAACCGUGUUCCCUAUGGAUCUUGGAUUAGCGGCUCGGUUCAAGUUCACUUUUCCACAUUCCUAUUAUGCCAAAGAAAUUGUGAAGGUCACCCCGUACACCGAGUUUCUAGCUGGUGAAGCUGAUCUCCUCCCAUUUUUUGAUACCAACCUCCGAGUUCGAUCCGCCCAGGGAAAGUCGUGCUGCUUUUUAUUUCCACAACCUCCAACGACACGUGUCACGAUUGAAAAUGAGCAACAGGUCGGUGAACGAGCUGAAUUCGUGGGACAACUGAGUUUCGAUUAUCCCAAUUAUUGGAAAGACGUGAGAACAUACAUAGAUAAGUAUUUGUAUUGUUAAAUGUAAUGAUAUGCAGGCAUGUAUUUUUAUCAUGAUUUUGUGUGAUAUGAAGAUUGAGAGCAUUGAACUUUAUGUAAGAGACAGUUUUCAUAGAGUAAAGUGACCGGCUCAUACGCAUGUAAGAAUAUGAUAUAUUUUAUAUGAAGGUUAUUGUGAAGGUUAAGGUGACGUGGAAGUGCCACGACUACAUAAAAUCCAGUUUUAACCAGAAUUAAUGGUAGGCGUUUUUAGUUUACAUUUAGCUUCAUAGUUAACUUUAACAAAAAGUCCCGAAGUAGACUCACAAGGAGAAGCACCUCAAGUCAAGAGGUCUCCUCAUAAAAUUAUUAAUUUGUGCCAAUUUUAUAGAAAUAAAAGCUUCACUGCAAGCAAUAGUUAAAUUAAA